UGUAUAAGACACUAAGACUUGAUAGGGCUCUAGCUUGAUGAAUGUGAUUUGGACCGCUGUGUGCAUGUGUGUUUGUGUGCGGGUGUGUGUGUGUGUGUGUGUGUGUGUGUGUGUGCUGCCACCACCAGAGAGGAAUGAUCAUUAAAUCCUUUGGUCAGUAUGUGCCGCUCGGUUGCGUGAUAGUAAGGACACUAGUGAAAGGCUACCCGGUGAACACCUGUGAACUCACUAGGGCCAAAGCCUCCGCCUUCAGUUCAGCCCCGUGGUCGUUGGCUUGUUUCGGCUUUGAGGAGGUCGGUCGCCUUUGCUGGAGAUCUGCCCUGGUUGCUCAUUUCUCCUUCUAAACAUGUUCCGGAACCCAUGGAUCUCUGGUUACCAUUUGAGCCUUGAGCAUGAAGGAUUCGACGACAAAGCAUCUCCCAGACUGUGUGCCUCGGUGUCCUUUCCAACGAGAACCUUAAGCUUUCAGAGUGACCUCCUGGUAAUCGAGAGGAGCACGUUGGUCAAGAGUGUUUCCGACAUUGAUCUUUUGGCUGUCCUGCCCAAGGUUUCAGAAUUGAAGAAACAAUUUGAAAAGACCAGAGCGAGUGAAUCUGGAAUGAACAGGAAGGAGAGGGUGGCCCGGCGGCUGGAGGGGUUUGAGGGGGACGCCCCGCCGGCCCUGGUGCCCGGGGGUCCGGUAGCCAAUAGGAUGCUGGAGGAGGACUCCCCACGUUACACGCGCGCAUCAGACCACUGUGAGCCGCGCCUGAAGGUGAGGCGCUACACCCGAGAGGAGAUGGACGCGCCCCAGACGCACGCCGGGUCUCCGGACAGGUCGUCGUCGCGGGUCAGAGUCGGUGGCGGCGGCGGCGGCGGCGGCGGUACCCGCGCCCCGGUGCACACGGCGGUCCGCGCCGAGCCCGUCUCCGCGUCGUCCGGCGCCUCGGCGGCGGCGGAUGCCGGCGGCCUCAGCUCUAAGGCCGAGCGCAUCGCCCGCUACAAAGCCGAGCGGCGGCGGCAGCUCUCGGAGCGCUACGGCAUCCUCCUGGACCAGGAGCCCGACCUGGACUACACGCCGCGCUACCGGUCCCGCCGCGAGGGCCAGCAGGACCCGCCCGGCCCGCAGCCGCCGCCGCCGCCCCCUAGCGCCCGUCGGGACAGAGACAGGGACAGGCAGGCGGUCGGCGAGGACGGGCCGGAGCCCAGGGUACCCUACAGCUCCGGCGUGGGCCGGGUUCACAUGCGCACCCAAUCGGAGAAGGACUCCCCAGCCGGUACCGGUUCCGGCCACCACGCCCACCCCGCCCAAGCCCCGCCCCCGACACACGAACGGCCCGGCCGGUUCUCGGAGCGGGAGAGGGCCAUGAACACGGAGAACCACCGGCGGGGGGGGGGCGGCGGAGGGGCCAAGGAGCACGCCGUCGCUGCGGCGUCCAGACCCAGGAGCGAGGAGCAGCGCCAGCCGCCCCAGACCUCACAGCAACAUCCCCCCCCCCAGCACCAGCACCCCCCGCCGCCCCCGGAGCCCGGCCAGCCCUCCUUCUCCUCCAGCAGGGCGGACCUCAGCGUGGCGUCGGUGCCGAGCUCUCCGCGCAGCGGCCGCCGCAACUCGCUGCCCUCCCCGCGCUACGGCAUCUCCCCCGGAGACCUGUUCAUCGAGCAGCAGGCCCAGAGCAUCCUCAGCAGACAAGGAAUCAGAGCGAGAGAGAGGUUACCACGGGAUGAAGCCGUCCACAGGCCAUCCGAGUGGAGUCCAGACAGCCCCCAGGGGAACCGACCCCAGCGUCAGGCCGUCGGCGAUGCUCCUCAGUACACCGUCAAACAGCAGCAGCACUCAGACUACCCAGACUACCAAAGGUCUGCGGCCCCCCGUCCACAUCCGGGCACGGGGCGCGAGUCGGAACCGACCGGCGCCCCCGGCACCGUGCCGCCGGGUCCGCCGGAGGUCCAGCGCCGGAGGAGGGUCAGCGCCGACCAGAUCUACGCCACACACAGGGAGGCCCGCCUGGAGGCCAGACAAGAGGCCCGGCAGGCGCUGAAGGCGGAGCCCCACACGGCGGGCCUGCUGAAGAGCAGGAAGGCGGUGCUGCCCUCGGAGAUCCGCCGGCGGGAGAGGAGCCAGGACGGAGGGCAGAGCGACGACAGCGAGCCGGAGACGUUGAGUCCCCGGAUGCGGCGGGCGACCAUGUCCGGGGACGACUGGAAGAGGGAGCGGCCUGCGGAGAGAGGCCUGGACGACCGAGUGCGAGGGCCGGUCGCCGCCGGUGAGAGGUCAACCGGAGGUACCCGGCAGGGUCUGGACGGCCAGGAAGGGAGGGCGUCCAGGUGGACGGAGCCGCAACCCCCGCCUCCCCACGCCACCCCACCACGCCAACAUCCCCAGCAGCAGCAGCAGCAGCAGCAUCCUGAGCAGGUGUACCACAGGGAACCCGUUCGCCAGCAUCAACCGUUUCAGGUGUCGCACGAUCCCCCAAAACGAGAACAGUACGAGCCGCCGUAUGAAGCAGCCUGGAACCGCAGAGAGGGCGACAGGCAGCGGGACUUUGAGUCCCGACAGCCAGAAUCCCAACGAUUCCAGCGGGAACUACAAAGGAGACCUCAAGAGAUCCCUCUGCAACCCCCUCAGGAGGUGCCACGGCAACGGCACCAGCAGAGCGAACUGCAACCGCCUCAGGAGUUCCCAGUGAAACGCCACCAAGAGAUCCCACUGCAACAUCCCAGGGAAAUACCGUUGCAGCACCCUCAGGAGCUCCAAAGGAGACCCCGAGAGAUCCCACAGCAACGCCCUCAGGAGACGCCACGGCAACGCCAACAGGAGAUCCCACUGCAACACCCGCAGGAGAUCCCACGGCAACAACUCCAAGAGAUCCCAAUGCAACGGCCCCGGGAGAUACCGCCGCAGCACCUGCAUGAGAUCCAACUGCAACGCCCUCAGGAGAUCCCACGGCAACGCCACCAGGAGUUGCCACGACAUCACCCCCAGGAGAUCCAACUGCAACACCCUGAGGAGAUCCCACGGCUACCCCACCAGGAGAUCCAACUACAACACCCCCGGGAAUUACCCCUGCAGCACCUGCAGGAGAUCCCAGGGAAACGGCACCAAGAGAUCCAACUGCAACGGCCUCAGGAGCCCCAGAUCCAGCGCCGGCAGGCCCCGACCCAGGAAGUCCCCCAGGAACACCAGCGAUCAGACCUGGCCGUGUACCUCCAGGACACCUCGUCCACCAGCAGGCAGUCGAAUAGCAGCAACGGAGGGGGACCCAAGCCUAAAGUCCGUGUCCGCUCCAUGUCGGACGUGGGCAUGGGCCAGCGCCCGGCCAUGUACCGCGCCGCAGAGCGGGCGUCGGCGGGCCGGGAGGUGGCGGCGGGCCGGGAGGUGGCCCUGGCCUCGGCUGCCCUGGGGCUGGCCAACGGGGAGGUGGGAUCCCUGGACACCCGGGUGUCCGUAGCUCGGCUGCGCCACUCCUACCUCGAGAACGCCAACCGCAAGCCCGAGCUGGAGCCGGCUAAAGCAGAGCCGUCGGCGGUGGAGGUGGAGCCGGCUCACGGCGGUGGAGCGGAGCGGGACAGUGGUGUCCGAAGGCCCCGCCGCUACAUCACCCCGGGGCAGGACAGCCGCAUGUCCGAGCGCUUCCGGACCCAGCCCAUAACCUCCGCAGAGCGCAUGGAGUCCCAUAGGUCUCGCAUGAGUCCAACCCAGCAUCAGGAGGCUGAUGCCACAGAUGAGCAGACGCUAGACGAGAGAGCCAAGAUGAGCGUGGCGGCCAAGAGAUCCCUCUUCAGGGAGCUGGAGAGGGCGUCAGACGGCGGCGUUCCCAAGCCUCGCUCCCGUAACGUGGCGGUGGAGCGUCGCCUCCGUCGGGUGCAGGACCGAUCCCACACCCAGCCCGUCACCAGCCGGGAGGUGGACACCGCCACCACGGACACCGAUGUGACAUCACAUCCUGUCGUCGUUCACACUGCGGCCCGAAACUCUAGCCCAACUUUAGUCAAAAUCACCACGACCAGCUUCAGCACCCAGAGCACCCUCCUGCUCCAGGAGCGUACCCAGGGCCAGGAGAAGGAGAACCCGGACCCCCGGGCGCCCCAGCGAGGCCAACCCCCUCCCACAGGGGGAGGGGGGGACCAGGGGGGGGAGGGCCAGGGGGUCCCGUCCUCGGACGAACCCGACCUGUCCAGCCUGAGCCUGGCGGAGAAGAUGGCCCUGUUCAACCGCCUCUCGGGCCCCCAGAAGGCCCACGAGGAGGAGGUGGAGGAGGCCGGGGGUAGGGUGGGGGACACCCGACUGCGCAGGGCCAACGCUCGCUUCCAGACCCAGCCCAUCACCCAGGGGGAGGUGGACCAGGAGGCUGAGCCGACGGGUACCCCCGCGGUAUCCAGCGGCGGCAAUCAGGGAGGACACCUGCAGAACGGAGGCGGGGCCAAGCUGGAGCCCCUCUCGGCCGCCCUGGUCCGCUCGGUGGCGGCCGUCACCUCCCACGCCUCGGUCACCACCGUCGCCAUGGCGACCAGCAGGAGCAGCAGCAGUGGCGGGGGCGUCCGCGAGCGCGACCGUGAUGGUGGCGGCGGCGGCGGCGGCGGCGGCGGGGAAUCCGUGGGCUCACCAGCACCAGUGCCACCAGCGCCGCCACGACACAAGCAGCAGCAGCAGCAGCAGCAGCCGCCCCCGGUGGGCCCUACCGCCCCCCACCAGGAGAGGGCGCUCAGAUACUUCGCCAUGACCCAGAGCGGGGACCCCGGCAGCCCCCACGAGGCAGCCGAGCCCGCCUCCCCUCCCCGCCUCCUCCCCCCCCACCCGGCAGAGGAGGGGGAGGGCAGGGAGGAGGGGGAGGAGGGGGAGGAGGGCUGGAGAGGGAUAAAGAGAGAGGGAGAGAAGAAGAAGGAGGAGGAGCGAGAGGAGGAGGCAGAGGAGGGGGAGAGGGAGGGGGGAGGGCGGCGGCAGCAGAGGGGGGGAGGAGCCAGACAGCCGGAGAGUGGGAGGGGCCGAGAGCAGGGGCGGGGAGACCGGGGCGGGGAGGGCCGGCUGCCGCUUCAUCCCUCAGCUCCCAGAGCGGAACCCCAGCUGCUGCUCCCCUCUGGGUCCGAGACGCCCGCCACCACCCCCGCCGCCACCAGCACCCAGCACCCCCGAGCCCGGGGAGACCGCGGCUCCUGGGAGACACGACACAGAAGAGGAGGAGGAGGCGGAGGAGGAGGAGGAGGAGGAGGCGGCGAGGAGGAGGCGGAAGCGGUUUACCCGGGAGGCGAGGCGGCGGCGGCGGCAGCAGCAGCAGCAGCAGCGGCGGCGGCGGCGGCGGCGGCAGUGCUCAGCGUCUCUCCUUCGGCACAGGCUGUGAGGAGCCAGGAGAGGAGCCAGGAGAGGAGCCAGGAGAGGAGCAGCGAGAGGAGCCAGGAGAGGAGCAGCGAGAGGAGCAGCGAGAGGAGCCGGGCGCCGGGCUGUGCAGACCGGUCCGAGCACGCCGCGUCGGUGAGGACCUCCAGCACCACCAUCUCGUCCCGGACCGUCUCGCUCAUCUCCAGCUCCCAGCAGCAGACCCACAUCCAGCAGCCCCUGAACCCCUCCCAAACCAUCGCCCCGCCAUCCCCACCGCGCCCACAGCCUCCACCGCCGGCCCCACCCACGCCCCAGCCCUCCUACCCCCUGAUCACCUCGCCUCAACCCCCCCCAGCCCCGCCGGCGACCCACCCCAAACCCCAGCUCGCCCAGCCGCCGCAAGCCCCGCCCAGGCCCCAAGGCUUCGCCCAGCCCCUCCCCAAGCCCCAGCACCCCCAGACCCAACCCCGCGGUCAGGCCCCUCCUCCGGCCCCCAAGGGCCCCGCGCCGCCCCCGACCCUCCCCAAGCCCCAGACCUACCCGCUGGUCAAGUCCCAGUCCCUGCCUCUGGAUCCCUUCCAGGACUUCGGCGGCGAGCUGAUCUCCCCCAGCGACUCCGCCGACCGCCUGUCCGACAUCAUGACCUCCAAGCAGAUGUCCAUCAAAGACAGGCUUGCCCUGCUGAAGAAGAGCGGCGAGGAGGACUGGAGGAACCGCAUCAACAAGAAACAGGACGUGGUCAAAGCCGCGGCCGCCGCCGCCACAGAGUCACAGCAGCAGGUCCAGCUGUGGGAGACGGAGCAGACCUACAUGAAGAAGGAGGAAUCCGUGGUCAUUCAGGACUACUCUGCUGUGUCUAUGUCCCAACAGCUAUGGGAGCCUGUCUUCUCCUCCACCUAUUCUCCCAACCUCUCCCUGGGACAAAAGUGUCUGUAUGUCGACCGCGCCGCUCAGAGGAUGGGCGAGGAGAUCGUAGAGUCCCAGAUGAGCAUCGAGGAGCGGAAGCAGAUGAUUUCCACCCGCGAGGACGCCUGGAAGAGCAGAGGCCGGGGCGCGGCCAACGACUCCAGCCAGUACACCGUGGCCGCGCGCAUGGUGAAGAAAGGGCUGGCCGCCUCCUCCUCGGUCAUCAGCCCUAUCCUGUCACCCGUGGCUGGAAGGUUCAAGAACAGCAGCCCUGCUGUCAGCAAGCCCCAGGAGGACAUCGAGGCCAAACCAGACAUGGAGUCAGACAAGAAGCUAGACAAGCUGGAAACCUUCUUGGGGCGUCUGAAUAGCAAAGUGGCGGACCUGCAGGAGACCACCCUGACGGUCACCGAGAGGGCCGUGAAGGAGGUGAUGAAGCUCGACGACGAGAUCUUCUCCAAGUUCUACCGCCACGUGGUGGACCUUCCCCGCAUGCCCACGCGGAUCGAGGACGACUUCGACGCCAUCUUCGGCUGCCAGGGUCCCAAGCUGACCUCGGCCAUGGUGCAGCACAAGCGCUCGGUGCGCCCGUCCCGUAACGUGCAGUCCUCCAGGAACCCGGUGAAGAUGCUGGCGGCGCGCCAGGACAUCCGGCACGAGUACACGGAGCAGCGGCUCAACAUCGGCCUGCUGGAGAGCAAGAGGAUCACCGCCGAGAAGAUCAGCAAGACGUCAGAGUACUCGGAGGCGGCGCUGGCCGGCCUGGCCUCCAAGGAGAACUUCAGCGGGGUCAGCCUGCGCAGCGUCAACAUCACCCAGCAGAUGUCCAACAACAGCGCCGCGCCCUACAAGAACCUCAUGCUCAUGCAGGUCAAAGGACGUCGCCACGUUCAGACCAGGCUAGUGGAGCCCAGAGCGUCGUCCCUGAACAGCGGGGACUGCUUCCUACUGGUCACGCCGGACCAUUGUUUCCUCUGGAUCGGCGAGUUCUCCAACGUCAUCGAGAAAGCCAAGGCAGCGGACCUGGCCACCUACAUCCAGACCAAGAGAGACGUGGGCUGCAGGGCCCUCCAGGUUCAGACCGUCGAGGAGGCCGUGAACCCGCAGGGCCCCGUGGCUCAGGAGUUCUGGGCCGUGCUGGGCGGACAGGCCGCCUACCGACCGGCGGGACCAGCAGACGAGGACGAGCACUUUGAGAACGGCAUCGUGGAGACCAACUGCAUCUUCCGCCUGCUGGACGACAAGCUGGUCCCGGACGACGACGAGUGGGGCAAGGUCCCGAGCUGCACGCUGCUGGAGGCCAAGGAGGUGCUGGUGUUUGACUUUGGCAGCGAGGUGUACGUGUGGCACGGCAAGGAGGUGACCCUGGCCCAGAGGAAGGUGGCCUUCCAGCUGGCCAAGCACCUGUGGAACGGCACCUUCGACUACACCUGCUGCGACAUCAACCCCCUGGACCCCGGCGGCUGCAACACGCUCAUACCCAGGAAAGGCCAAGGCCGUCCCGACUGGGCCAUCUUCGGCCGGCUAACGGAGCACAACGAGACCAUCUUGUUCAAGGAGAAGUUCCUGGACUGGAGCGAGACCAAAACCCAGGCCCCGAAGGGCGGCGAGGAGCGGCCCACCGAGCAGAAGGACUCCCCGCCGCCGCCCGGUAAAGGGGAGUGCCGGCCGUACGACGCCGGCCUCAUGCUGCCCGUCCUGCAGACGCCCGUGUCCACCGUGCUGGACGGGGGGGACGUGGGCCGGGGCCACGGCCCCGUGGGGGACCGCGAGGACCGCCUGCGCACCCUGGAGAUCAGCACGGUGGGCGUGGAGGUCUGGCACAUCCUUGAGUUCGACUACAGCCGCCUGCCGCGCCUCAGCAUCGGCCAGUUCCACGAGGGCGACGCCUACGUGGUCAAGUGGAAGUACAUGGUCAGCGCCACAGUGGGCCGGCGGCAGAACCCGGAGGCGCGGAGCUCGGGGCCCGGGAAGGAGAAGUGCUGCUACUUCUUCUGGCAGGGCCGCCACUCCACGGCCAGCGAGAAGGGGACGUCGGCGCUGAUGACGGUGGAGCUGGACGAGGAGCGCGGCGCCCAGGUUCCAGUGCAGCAGGGUAAAGAGCCCCCCUGUUUCCUGCAGUGCUUCAACGGUGGGAUGAUCGUCCACGCCGGCAAGAGAGAGGAGGAGGAGGAGAACGUUCUGAGCGACUGGCGUCUGUACUGCGUGCGUGGCGAGGUCCCGGUGGAGGGCCACCUGCUGGAGGUGGCGUGUCACUGCACCAGCCUGCGCUCCCGGGCCUCCAUGAUCCUGCUCAACGUGCACAAGGCCGUGCUCUACCUGUGGCACGGCUGCAAGGCCCCGGCACACGUCUGCGCCGUGGGCAAGACGGCCGCGCGCAAGAUCAAGGAGCAGUGUCCUCUGGAGGCGGGCCUCCACAGCAGCAGCAACGUCACCAUCCACGAGUGUGACGAGGGGGCGGAGCCAGCUGGCUUCUGGGAGGCCCUAGGCCAGAAGGACAGGAAGUGCUACGACUGCAUGCUGCAAGACCCGGGCAAAUUCAACUUCACCCCGAGGCUCUUCCAGAUGAGCAGCACGUCCGGGGAGUUCGUGGCCAACGAGCUGUCACACCCGUCCCAGGCCCCAGACCUGGUCAGCUCCCUGCCCUUCCUCCAGGAGGACCUGUACAACGCAGCCCAGCCUGCUCUGUUCAUGGUGGAUAACUUCCACGAGGUGUACCUGUGGCAGGGUUGGUGGCCCCAGGACAGCGAGGUGCCUGGCUCCGCCCGCAUGCGCUGGGACACGGACAGGAAGUGCACCAUGGAGACCGUGCUGCAGUACUGCAAGGAGAAGAAUGAGAAGAAGCCCAUCAAGUCGUACCUGAUCCACGGCGGUCUAGAGCCGCUCACCUUCACCAACAUGUUCCCCAGCUGGGAGCACCGCGAGGACAUCGCCGAGAUCACAGAGAGGGAAGCGGAGGUGUGUAGUCAGAUCAUCCUGGUGGAGGACGUCCUGGCCCGGCUGAGCCAGAACGCCUACUCCCUGUCCCAGCUGCUGGCCCGACCGCUGCCCGAGGGCGUGGACCCCCUGCGCCUGGAGGUCUACCUCUCGGACCAGGACUUUGAGAGCAAGUUGUAUUAGAGGAGGAUUCAGAAAGGGUUGGACAUGAAGAGGGAAGAAUACGAAGGUCUACCAGGGUGGAAGCAAGUGAACUUGAAGAAGGCGAAGGGACUGUUUUAAAAGGAAGACGCACGCGGUGGCGUCGUGGUGGGACGUGGACAGAGGGUGAAAGGUCAAAGACGAAGGAGAAAGAGGCUUUUAGUUGAGCGACCGGUGACCUCUGCGUCAAGGACGACGGAUUGCAGCCUUGCACACUGAUGAUGUAAUGAAAUGGUUGUAAAGGGUGAAUACCAAAACAAACACACAAAAAAAAGACUUGUUUGCUAAUACAUUGUACAUGGUUCUGCUCCUGGUCUCUUGCACUUAACUUCCCGCUCAUGACGUGGACAACAUGCGCUUUUCACACACACACACACACACACACACAAACACGCACGCACAAUGUGUGCAAUAGUUAUUUUCUUUUCUUGGGAUGUGUGUGUGUGUGUGCUUGCGUCCGUUUAUGGGUGUUUGCGUGUAUGUUUGUGACUGCGUACUUUUUUUUUAUAGGUGUAUACAAAUGUUUGCGUGUAUGUCUGUUAGGGUUAACUAUGAGUAUGUAUGCGGGUCGGGACGGAGGGUUGUUUGUGUUCUAGGUGUGCUUGUGUGUAUAUGUUAAUUUGUGUCUCCGUAAGAGCAAAACUAGGACUGGUGGGGGCGGAGGGGCGGGGGGGGGGGGGGGGUCACAAUGUGUAUGUAUUUUCUGAUGGUGUUCCCGUCAAUGCAGAUGAGAGCAAAAAGAGCUGGCCUGAAUAGACUCGCUCGCACACUCUUCACUGGGACUCAACGUUAGCUUGACUUAUCGUUAACAAGAAUCAAGGAAAAGCUACGGGGAAAAAAAAGGAACCGGAUUUAUUUUAAUGUAUAGUGCCUUGCUUUGUGUACAGUUUAUAUACAAGAAUUAUAGUCUGUAUUUCGAAAGACUCCCUUUGUGAUAUAAGGUUUAGUGGAAUAAAUCAUGGGGCUGACCGAAUCAAUCAAACCACCUAAGUUCACUUGUCUGUUUCUACUGUCUCAUGUGACCCAUGGCGUGUUGAGUCAGUCUACCUGAAGACUCCUGAAACACCUUCUUCGUCUUAGUGAUGAACCACAAAACACAAUUGUGAAUAUGCAAUUAUGCAAAAAAUGAAAAUAAUAGUAAUUGGUUUUACAUUUGAAGAUAAGUCACUUGGAACUUUAUUAAAUCCAUGGUUGAGGUAUACAGUAUACAAUACAGUAUACAGCAUGCUACCAUUACUUUUUUGUUCAAUAGGUAGUGAUGCUAAGUGACCACAGUUUUAGUCUGGAUGCCAUGAAGUGCAGCCUGCCGGAAAAGUGAGAGUCUCAAGGGUGGUAACAUGGUGCGUGCUUCUGUUAAAUCAAAGUAAGUAUUUUUGUUCUUCGAUCCAUUAGCUCGUAGCGUAUCACUUUAUCCCUCUAUAAUGUGUCACGAACGUCGGUUCAUUUCGGAAUUAAAAUAUAUAUAUUUCUCUAAAAAGUCAAUGGGAAAUAAAAUGCAUUACUCGGAAAGCUACCACUAGAUGGCGUAGUUGCUAGAUUCGCUCCCCAUUGCGACAUACCAGGAAAGAUGUAAUGGUAUAUUAGUUAGCGGUAUAGUAGGCCAGUCUCUUCCUCUACUACUGCAAUCGGGUAUCCCCGAUAACGCCAUGUAAAAUCCGACAUGGAGGAAAAAAAACGUCUCAGAACUGCUUUCUAAUAUUUUAUUGUGAUGGGAGUGAUAAAAAAACAGCCCAAAAAUAAACAAUACAAAAAAAAGACAGUGAGUGUACAAAGUUUCUUUAGGGCAAAACGUAAAUGUAGCCUUUGACCAAAACGUUAACAAUGGAACAAAGUUGGCACAGAGCAGGGACAUUUAAAAAAAGGUGAGUUGGGAAAGGGGGUUAAUCUAAAUUUGGCUUUGAUAAAAACAAGUGGGAGCAACAGGUAACAUACAUGUUCAGCACAACACCCUUCAUAACAACGGCAAGGACUCAUGCGUUAGUCAAAUCACAGAGCUGUAGGAUUCAGUAGCUUUGUAAGAAUGCGAGGAUCGGACCCGGACAGGGCCAGCAAGCGGAUGCACAUGUAACACAUCUUCAUUCCCGUGGCUUUACUUCGUUCUUCGUCUUCGUCAUUUUCUUUAUUUUUUUUAUAGCUUAAAACAAGGUAUGCUUACAUAAUACAUUUUGUUGGAUUGUAACAAACGUUAGUCCCCCCAGAACAACAAUUUUGGGAUUUGUUUUUGUUUUUUUUCGGUUUGCUUUCUUCAGAUUAUUUUUCAUAGUAAAAUAUAUUAUUGUAUCAAUCAAACUACAGUAUUGUACACUACAAUGUGUAAUAAAUAACCAUAAAAGAAAAUAUAAAAAUAAGACACAUAAAUAUAAAAAAGUCCUUUAGUAACUAAACAGGUACUUCAUCAGUGAAAAGGGCUCUAAUACUGCCAUCGUCAAAAACAAAGACGAACAUAAAACACAGGAA